AUGUUCGUCAAGUCCUUCCUCGCGCUUGCCGCGUACACGCGCUUCGCUCUUGCGGCACCUUACCCUCACGAUACUACUUCCCUCGUCUUCGCUCGAGCUACAGACCCCUCAACGUGUCCGGGCUAUACAGCAACCAAUGUUGAUGUCACAGACUCUGGCCUCACAGCCGACCUCACCCUCGCUGGUGCCGCAUGCAACGCCUACAGCGAGGAUCUUCAGGAGCUAAAGCUGGUUGUUGAGCACCAGACCGAUGACCGUCUCCACGUCAAGAUCUACGAUGCGGGUCUCAACAUGUUUCAGGUUCAGGAGGAGGUCAUGCCCCGCCCUGCAAACGACAAGGUCGCUUCCUCUGGCGCGGCUGUUCGAUUUGACAUCAUUGCGCAGCCCUUUGCAUUCAAAGUCAUUCGGAACAGCAACAACGAGACCAUCUUCGACACUACAGGUACUCCCUUGAUCUUCGAGAAACAGUACAUUCGUCUGCGUACCAACUUGCCGAAGGACCCGAAUCUGUAUGGUCUUGGAGAACACAGCGAUUCUUUCCGUUUCCACACGAAGGAUUACCGUCGCAGUUUUCUGAACGCUGAGUCGAUUAACAUUCCAAACAAUGCGAACUUGUACGGCUCGCACCCGGUCUACUUCGAUCACCGCGGUGACAAGGGCACUAAUGGCGUCUUUCUGCUGAACUCGUCUCCUAUGAACAUCGAUGUCGACCAGGAUGAUGCUGGCAACCAGUACCUCGAGUACAACACCAUUGGCGGUGUGCUCGACUUGUACUUCUUGGCCGGCCCCGCCCCUGCUGACGUUUCGAAGCAGUACGCCGACGUUGUUGGUUACUCGGCCAUGUAUCCGUAUUGGACGCUCGGCUUCCACCAAUGCAAGUACGGCUACUGGGACGUCAAUAUGGUGGCUGAGGUUGUCGCCAACUACUCAACCGCUGGAAUCCCGCUCGAGGUCAUGUGGACAGACAUUGACUACAUGGAUGCGCGUCAGGAUUUCACUCUCGACCCUGAGCGCUUCCCUCUUACUAAGAUGCAGGAACUCGUGUCCACUCUUCACUCCCGCGACCAACGCUACGUGCUCAUUCUUGACCCAGGUGUUCAUGCUUUCGAAGAAGUCGCAGCCUACAAGAGUGGUCAUGAUCUCGACAUCUUCCUGAAGGCAGCUGACGGCACUGAUCUCCUCGGCGUUCAGUGGCCUGGUGCUGUUGCAUGGCCUGAUUGGUUCCACCCCAACGCGCAGAAGUGGUGGACUGAUGAGGUCCUUAACUUCUUCGACACCGACUCCGGUGUCAACAUUGACGGCAUCUGGGUUGACAUGAACGAAGCUUCCAACUUCUGCCAGGACACAACCUGCAAGCCUCGUGAAAAGGCAAUCGCAGAUGGCAUUCCACCUAAGCCUGCCCACGACCCCCGCCCCAACACUGGACGUCCCAUUCCCGGGUUCCCUGCAUCGUUCCAGCCCAACUCUUCGAAGCGCGAUCUUGAGUCACGUCAAGCUAUGGGUCAGAUGAAGGGAUUCGCAGACCGCGAGUGGUUCAAUCCCGCCUACACGGUCAACAACCAUGUCGGCAACCUCUCCGACCUCACCAUCUACUUCAACACCUCGAACUACGACGGCACACAUCAGUACGACACACAUAAUCUCUACGGACACAUGAUGGCCAUGACGACUCAGCAGUCAAUGAUCACCCGCCGUCCAGAGCUGCGCCCCUUCGUUCUCACCCGCUCCACAUGGGCUGGUACCGGCCGCAAGGUGACACACUGGUUCGGCGACAAUGCAUCGGACUGGGAACACUACCGCACCUCCAUCCGCCAAAUGUUGUCUUUCGUGUCUAUGCACCAAAUGCCUCUUGUCGGUUCUGAUGUCUGUGGCUUUAACGGCAACACGAAUGAGAACCUUUGCGCACGCUGGGCUAUGCUAGGUGCCUUCCAGCCAUUUUAUCGCAAUCAUGCUGAGUUGUCGACGAUUCAGCAGGAGUUCUACCAGUGGCCAUCCGUCGCGGAAGCAGCGAAGAAGGCUAUCGAUACGCGUUACAAGCUCCUCGACUAUAUCUACACGGCGCUGUACUACCAGACCACUACUGGCGCGCCGAUGAUCAACCCACUGUUCUUCCUCUACCCCAAUGACGCCAACACCUUCGGUAUCCAAGAGCAGUGGUUCUACGGCGACUCGCUCCUCAUCUCACCAGUCACCACCGACUACUCCGACACCGUCACCUAUUACCUCCCCAACGACGUCUUCUACGACUACUGGACACACGAGAAGAUCCAAGGCUCCGGCGCCAACGUCACAGAGUCAAACCUCACCACAAGCGACAUCCCCGUGCACAUCCGCGGUGGCUCCAUCCUGCCGCACCGCAUGAACUCGGCCAAUACCACGAAGGCCCUGCGCCAGGAAGACUUCUACGUCCUUGUUGCUCCCGCUGCCGAUGGUUCGGCUAAGGGCCGCUUGUACCUCGAUGAGGGCGAGAAGAUCGAGCAACCGGGCGUCAGCGAGAUUGAGUUCAGGUUCGAGGGAGGCAAGUUCAGCACAAGCGGAUCUUUCGGGUACGCGGGUGCGGUUGGGGAGAGUGUCAUGGUUGCUAAGGUGGUUGUCAUUGGGCAAGAGAAGGCUGGUGCUACUGGCACUUUUGAUGCGGAGACGGGUGCGAUCGAGGUUGAAGGGCCGUGGAAGUUGGAUGGGGGGUUUGACUUCCAGCUUUGAGCAGGUGCGGGAAUAGUUUUACGAUCUUGCUGACAUAUUGGCGUCUUGAGAUGUUUCUGCGUUAUGCACACCGGCAUAGCAUGGCGUCCUGGGGCUGCGGUUUGACAUGUCACUUUGGUGUCUUUGG